UACUUCCGUCUCCCCAUCAAAAGACAGACUAGGGUUUUUCAUCAGCUUUUCUCUCUUAAAAUGGCCGAUGAUGACUUUGAUAUGGACGCCGGAGGAUACGACGACGAGCCAGUCGAGCCCGAACUCGAUGAAGGGGCUGAGGAAGAUAUUGAUGCAGAUAACAAGGAAGAAGAUGUUCCAGAUCCACUUGUAGGUGAUAAUGAAGAUAAGGAAGAACCGGAAGCUGUAGAAAAACCUAGGAAGACUAUAAAAUAUAUGACCAAAUAUGAAAGGGCUAGAAUUCUGGGUACUCGUGCCCUGCAAAUUAGCAUGAAUGCUCCAGUGAUGGUUGAGUUGGAGGGUGAAACUGACCCCCUUGAGAUUGCCAUGAAGGAGCUUAGACAGCGGAAGAUCCCCUUCACCAUUCGUCGGUACCUGCCUGAUGGAAGUUACGAGGACUGGGGAGUCGAUGAGUUAAUUGUGGAGGAUUCUUGGAAGCGACAGGUUGGUGGAGACUAGUUUCUUUGAUCACUUGCGCUGAUCCAAACACUCUGAAUGUUGUCUAGUUUAUGGAUAUCUUGAUACAAAUGAUGGAUUUGAAUUGUUCAACUUGUUGAUGAUGAUUUGAAUUCUGAUAUGCAGCAAUUUGUGAAGAUGAUAGUUGUGUCAUGUUAUUUGUUUUUC